AUGGUGACGGAGGAUGAAGGUGCCUCGUUGGAUUGUGAAACUUGCAUUGCCUAUGACACCAGCUGUGUUGGCAGUAGGAUGACUUGCAGUGCUGGACAAGAUACCUGCAUGGUCGGUUUGAGCAAAACCUCAGUAGCUGGAUUCAACAUUCCAGCUGCAGCAAAAAGCUGCCAGUCUCAUGAAGUCUGCAAUUUUUUGGAACCAAUUUACAUGGAUUUUGGCAAGAGAAAUUUCAUCAGGGCAAGAGGUGUCUGUUGCUUAGAGGAUGCCUGCAUCACAGCCUCUCCUCAAUUACCGCCAGUCAACACCACAACCAAUGGAAACCAAUGCCCUGCCUGCUUUUCCUUGUCAAGCGACUGCUAUCCAGAGUUGCUGGACUGUACCGGAUCUGAGAACUACUGCUUUGAGCUGGCCACACAAACCAUAAAAGGGGAGAGUAUGAGCAUCACCCUGAAGGGCUGUACUACGGAGUCUUUCUGUGCUGCAUUGCAAAGUGGCAAAGUGAGCUUGGCCGAUAUUGGUAUUUCUUUGGCAAAAGCUGGAUGUCAACUGGCCAAGCAGGCUAUUCCAUCAGCUUGA